AUGACUCCAUACGACUCAAUACCGGAUGAUAAUGAGAAUACCGAAAACUCAUAUGAAGAGACCUCACCGAUCCUACAUAACUGGGACGGCAUUGCCCAGCCGCCACCUAAUCAGCUAGAUGCCAAAUUACAAACGCUGAUGUACAAGCUUCUCAAUCAGCUCGACUCAGAUAACCGGAAUCACACAUUCAGUGAGACGGAUCACUACUGUCAUCCCAGUGAUGCGGUAGUUCGAACCUACGUUAACCAAAUGAGAAUUGGCCUCGAAGCUCUCCUAGGACAUGGCCCAAUCACACGCAAGCAGAGUUGGUCGGAUGCUGUGGCAUACGCUCGUGCUGUAAUACAAGAACCUCAAGACUCUGUGCAACGCUCAAAGGCCACGUGGGCCAGAUCAUGCUCGAUUGUUCAUCGAGAACUGAUGAAGCGAUUUGGCCAGGAAGUGAAAUCAAUGGCUGCUCAGGGGUGCGCCCAGCUAGUAUCUGACCAUUAUCUUGGUAAGAGGCUUAGUGUGUCACACGUUGAUAAAGAGACGAGCUUUCGCCAGCACUUCCUCAAGUUGAAGCCGAGCCUCGCAUACUAUCCCAAUAGCAGCCCCUUGGCGGUCGGAACCUACGAAAGUGCCUUUCUUUCCUGCUCUUUGGUGGCAUUGGCUUGGCUCUCUCUCGAGGAGGCAUUGAAAUACGCAGCUAUAUGCCAUUUAUCAGUAUGUGAUGACUAUUGGAACUUUACCGGUACAGAAACCGAAGUUCGAGUCCGAUUGGUCGCCCAGUCAAUCGGGGCUGCUUUCGACUUUGGUGACAGAGCAAUCAAUGUUCUUAUUGAUGGCACUGCGUUACAAGCCGUCGGGCCGAGCAACGAGGUGUCUCUGCAGUCUGCCAUGGCUUGGAGGGCAGCAAGUGGCGGUGCUACGGCAUACAAUGCCCAUACACUUGGGAAUGAUACUCUCGAGGACGGCCUUGUUGCACCUCAAGUGAUACUUGCAAUUCACGAUUUGUUCGACUGGAGAACUGACAUCGCAGCUGGAAACUCUGAAAAUGGCUUCUUCGUUGCGUAUGGGCUUGGGAUUACCGAUCCAUUUCACGCAUAUCUGGAGGCUACAUUGCUCCUUGCGUGUUCACACGCGAGAUCUGGCGCCUACGCAAUUGCUUCCAUCACAAUAGCAGCUUUUAUUUCUUGCCGAUAUUCGUCAUAUAAAUACUUGGCUGUAGAUAUGGAACUUCCAGGCCCAUGUCCUAAAUGCGUUGGGCUUCUUCGAGAACUGACGGAAAAGGCAGGCUUUGGCUGGGCGCCGAAGUCGCCCCCAAAGAGUUUUGAAGAGGGAGAGCAAGUUCGCCGACUGUGCCAGCUUUGGGCUGGUCGAGGCGAAGACAACGGUCUAGUGCAAGAGGGACUUGGUUGGUUUCAGAGCCUCGUGGCUACUGGCACAAUACGGAUAUUUGAUGCACUUCUCAGGAUUCCUGAGAUUGACAAGGCCGCGGGCUGGGUUUAG